AUGAACAUCGGCUCAUCACCAUAUCAUGCCAUUGGCGCCGUAUACUGCCGCGCGUCCAACACGGAUCUGCUUUCGAUCGAGGGCAGUCAUACACAUGUCAUUCGAGAACUUCGAAAGCGAGACAAGGCCUACCAUGUCGGCUUGAUCAGCUGUGAUGCUUCGCAAACUCAGAACGAGGAUGACGGUUUCCGCGAAUGGCUGGAGACAUUCAUACUGAUGGAGACGAGCCUAAGGCCUGAUAGCGACGAAAAGAGCCUGGGAAACGGCAGUGUACUUCAGAUCACUGAGGCAAUCACAGUGCUCUUCAGCCAUACACUGCGAAAUGUCUCGUCAAAAGAUGACUGGCAUAUUGGGAAGCAUACCUUCCAACUUCGGGUUUCUUCCUUUGUUGCCCGUGGUGAGAGGAUACAGAUGGCCUUGCCUGCAUUCCCUUGCAAGUCUCCUAGUACCCGCAAGGUCGGUGGUAUUUACCCUGACAUGGCCGAGCAUAUCGCACUUACAACACUCCACGGAUUUGUGGAAGACGUCAAAGCCAUAUACGCACCUGGUGUGGCCGUGUGGAUAAUCAGUGAUGGGCACGUUUUCUCAGACUGUAUCGGUGUUGACGACGAUACCAUCUGCAAGUACGACAGAGCUCUCUUGAAGACAUACCAAAGCCUAUACACCUCAAACGAAGAUCACCAAGCAAUCAGGUUUCGUGGGCUAACGGACAUUCUCUUCUCGAAUUUUGACGCACAGGCCUCUUUCAGACGAGACUGGUUUCAUGGGUUGUCCAUCGAGCAUCCAAUAUGCUCCAAACGCACAGAUGAGGCUGAGCUGGCCCGCAUGAUAAUGAUGACUGGCUUUCAGACUUCGAAAGAGCAUUUCCGCAAGCUCAUCGCUGAUCAACACGAACACGCACUCAAAUUGUAUCGAGGACAAGCUCGGUUCAUGCAAGACGACCUCUUCUGUCCCAAGUUCCUUGCCAUGUCGACGAAGCAGAGAAAAAAGACCUCUUUUGCUGUUGCCGCAGAAAUGAUCGCGCGAAACCAGGCAUACUCGAACUUGUUAGAGCUUUUGCUUCCCAACUACGUCAGGCUUUCUAUUCACGCACAUUCCAAUAGAGGACCGAAGUUCGGCAUCCGGCUUUUCCCAACAACGAAGGUGCGCGCAAUCGAGUCUAUCGUAGAUCGUCAUGCAAUUUGUCCAUCAUACGAAUUUCAGGUGCCCACGCCUUGGCACAACUCCAUGAUCAAGAUUGAAGGAGACGACAUGCUGUAUCUGGGUAAAGCAGAGAUUGUCCACAAAGCUCUCGAGGCCGGCGAUUUCGAAGGCGAGUGGAUCAACGACCAAAUACUAGGCGGCCAUUUUGCACUCAGACCCACGCCUGCCAUCAGCACCGCAUCCUCAAUGAUCAAUGAGUCAAUAUCGUCACUUUCUACCAAGUUUGAUGACGAGAAACAAACGGUGUCGGCAAAGACUUAUGACUUUGGGCUUUCGCCGAGCGAUUUGAUCAUCAAUACUACAAAGGUGCGCCUUGCUGUUCGGCUAAGCGGCAAGAUCCAUCGCAUGCUCGGCUUCUCAAAGCUCUUCGCAAAAUCUCCCACCACGGAUGAUCUCAAUUUCCAGGAAUGA